AUGCGUGUGCUCAGGAAUUUUACCCUGAGCUCAAGGAAGCAGCGAUUAACAUUGGCCAGGCGGUAUUUCAGCGGUGACCGAUGCAACAAGCGUGUGAAACACUUCUUGUGCCCUGAGACCCGUGGGGACAGUGCCGCCCUGGCGGGCCCCGCUCUGCCUUUGCAAGUUACCGGAUCCGUUCGGCGCUGCCGGAGCCGCCACGCGGGCGGGGCCGAGCCCGUUCGGGCCGGGCGCUCGCUCGGGAGGCCUCGCCGGGACACGGGGGCGGCACCGGCCCAGGAUAACACCGGGGGAGCGCCGGUACCGCACCCAGGACUGGGCCGGGCACGGGCAGCCAGCCGGGCUGGCAGGGAGCAGCUCAGGCACGGCGCUUCCCGCUCUGCCCUCGCACACCAGGCAGCGAACCUGGACAGCACCGAGCCCGCGGCGCUGCUCCCGCUCCGACGGCAGAGGGCACCGGCGCGGCCCCGGCCGCUCACGGACGCGCCGCGCCUCCCGCAGCGGCGGCAGGCGCCCGCUCGGCCUUCGCCCUCCGCCCGGGCGGCGGGCGGGGAGCCGGGACGGGCCUUCCGUGCCUCCCACCCCCCCCGCCCCCGGGGCGCUCCCGCCUUCUCCGGGCCGGGGGCGUGUCCGGCCGCGCGCCCGCUCCAUGCCCGGAGCACGCUCGGCCCCAGUGCGGGAGCGGACGGCGCGCUCCCAUUGGCCGCCGGGGCGGAAGGCCGGGCGGCCGCGCGCCGCUCUCACUGGCUGCGCCCCGCCCCUCCCUCUUCCCGCUGGCCCCGCCCACUCCCCCCGCGCACGCCACGCGCGCACGGACGGGACGGAGACGGCGCGCGAGACGCAGCGCGAGCGGAGCCGCCAGGGCGCGCGAGACGGGAAGAGCCGCCGCCGCCGCCGCCGCCAGGGCCGGCCCAUCCCAACCCGCCGGGGGGGGGGCGGGGGACAGGCGGGGCCGCCCCGCCCCGCGCGCGCCGGAUCCCGCUGCUGCUGCUGCUGCUGCUGCCGCCGCCACCGCCGCCGGAGGGGGCGGGAGGGAGGCAGCGCGGGCCUCAACCGGCCGAGCCGAGCCCCGCGCCGGGCGGCACCGGCCCCCCCCCGGCCUCCUCCCUCUCUUCCUCUCUUCCUCUCUCUCCGCGACCCACCCACUCCCCUCCGGCUCGGCCCGGCCCUACACUCGCCGACCGGCCCGGCCCGGUCCGGCCCGGUCCGGCGGGGAUUCACCGGGCAGUUCCACCUCCCGCCCCGCAAAGCCCCUCGGCCCGCUCGGACCCGGCGGGGCCCGGGGAGCCCCUCACACACAAUGCGGAGGUAGGGCCGAGCAGGCCCCGCCGCGCCCCCGCCGCCGCCGCCUCAGCCCGGGCCGCGGCCGGCGCGACGGGGCCGGGCGCACGUGCGGGCGGCGGGGCCGGGCUGCCCCGCGGGGCGGGCGCGGCGCGGCCGGUGCUCGCUCACCUGGGGGGCGUGGGGGCCGCCGGGUGCCGCCGCGCGGGGGCCGCCGCCGUCUCCGCGCCCGGCAGCAGCAACAACGGAGUCAGCGCGGCGGCGGCGGCGGCGGCUUUUCCUGUCCGGUUACGUUCGGGUCACAUGACCGGGAGCGGAGCACAGAGGCUGCGGCGAGGAGCCCCCGCCGUGGGGGAGGGGAGGCGGCGAGCGCUGUGGCGGCAGCGGGAGACACCCAGCCCCCGCCCCUCCCUCCGCGCCCGCCCCACCGCCGGCACCGGGAACGGGAGCGGCCCUCCCGCCUUCCGGGCCCCCCCGGGGCAGAGCCGCUGCUCCCCUCCUAGCGAGGCGCGCUGCCCCUUUAAAACUCCCGGGCGGCGGAGGCCGGUGUAG